GAAAAAUAAAUUUGGUUGUACGCUCACUGCUGUGACCCGGAUUAAACUUUUUUGGUUGAAUAAAAGUGCACAUUUUACUCGCUAUUGAAUAUAAGAUAGAUAAUGACGGACGACUACUGGACUGAAUAGAAGUAAUGUUUAAAUAACUGUACAAGAUGAUCUAUAAAUUAACAAUGCAUAAAAAAAUGACCAGUCUUGUAUUUGUUCUCUUUAAACCGAACUAAAUUUUUGUUUCAUAAGAGAUACAUGUAGAUAAAUGAGUACUUCAAACCUUUAAUACACCAUUGAAAAAUUUGCAUAUCUUUAUGAAUAAAUGAAGGAUUGUAUAAAUUUAAAUAAGGAAAACACGCAUAUAUUCGGUUUUACAUCUGACAGUUUGAUCGAAACAACGUUGGCACCAUGGCGACCUCCAACAUUAGGUAUCCAUUUAUGCGACAAACUAAAAUGGUCCUAUUCUUAUUAAUCUUUCUGGUGUUCAGAGUUUCCCUGGGUAACUGCCACACUUUGAACGACACAAACCGGUUGCUUAAAGAGAAGCUAGCUGACUAUAAUAAAAGCACGAGACCAACCUUCAACCAAUCAGAACCAACCGUUGUGAGCUUCAGUUUGGAUGUAGUUUAUUUUCAAGAGUUUGAUGAAGUUCAACAAAAGGUAACAUUUAUUUCUGUUCCAACAAUAAGCUGGAUCGAUGAACAAAUGCAAUGGAAUCCGGCAGAUUACGGAGGAUUGGCCUCAUUAAUUACAACUAGUGGUCCAUUCUGGAUACCUAACAUUGUAUUAUCCAACAGCGUAGGUGAUAUAAAGCCGAUAGGUAAUGACUGGCAAAUGAUCCGCUAUUUUUCAAAUGGUCAGGCCUAUUUUAGUCCAUCGACUGCAUAUUCAAGCGCAUGCGGUGUUGAUGUAACAUAUUACCCGUAUGAUAGACACACAUGUGAAUUAAGUUUUACACCCCAAGGAUAUGGAGAGUCUGAAGUGUAUAUAUCAGUCGAAAAUAACAAAGUCGGGACAACCUAUUAUAUAGAAAAUGGUGGUUGGUAUUUUAAGGAUUCAAAUAUUCAAACAAUUCAUACUACAUACUAUAGCGAAAUGAUUAUCUCGCUUACCUUAGAGAGAAAGCCUCUUUACGUCAUCGUAAACGUCAUUCUUCCAAUAAUAUUUUUGGCGUAUCUAAGCAAUGUUGUUUUUGUCAUUCCUGCUGAUUGUGGUGAAAGGAUAUCGUACAGUAUAACUGUUUUGCUUGCAAUUGCCGUAUAUCUAACAAUAGUUGGUGAUAAUUUACCUAAAACCUCUAAACCAAUGGCUUACUUCAGUUAUUAUUUACUUGCGAUGUUAGUAACAAGUAUCUUAGUUACCAUGGCAACUAUUUUCAGUCUUCGCAUUUAUCACAAUGACGAGUCCGAGCCUGUUACAGGAGUUUGGGCAAAACUUGCUGCUUGCUUUAAGUGUAGGAAAGGUAAUAAACAGAAGAAAUAUGUGAAUUACACCGAUGCGGACCACAGACAAGUACGACAGAAUGGUAUUGUUAAUGCAAACAACAACCCAUAUGUAGUUGUAAGAGAUGCAUACAAGCCAAAUGUACAUACUGCGAGACUGCAAGUACGAAAUGGACGGAAUUUAGACAUAUUAGACAGACGGGAAAUGACAUCAUCAACUGAUAAAAUAAACAACGUCGAACAAUUUUCUUGGAAAGAUGUUAGCGUUGCGAUUGACAAAAUAUUUUUUGUGUUUUUCAUUAUCUUUCUUACAGUAGCCACGGUUGUUUUCGUGGCAAUUAUCGCAUCAGAGCGCAAAAAAUGAUAGUUUAUAGUGAAUACUGUUUGUGUUUGUGCUAUUCUAAUGGGUUGUAAAGUUCAAGCUUGGUGUGCAAACAUGUAUUCUUGUGAACCCGCAGAACUAAAAAAAGAAUACAAUUUUAUGCAAUGAACGAGUGAAGCAAGUCAACCAGAUUAGCACACUUAUGUUAUAGAUGCAUAAAAAAGCAGGAAGAUCUUAACAAAACCGACGUGAUUAUUUUUCCCUAGGAAAAGCGUAUGGAUAUAAUGUCAAUUCACAAUUGUGACGUCACUACUACAAAUUCAAGGCGUGGAAUAGGGAAAAUCAACUCGGACAGCUAAAAAAAAUACCUACUCCGUACUGGAGGCAAAUUUCACCCUAUUUCAAUUUCAGCAGGGUAUGGGCUAAAAAACUGAUAAAAGUCUUCGGAUUUACAAACUAAAUAAUGUUGUCGAUUAUUUUUCAAGCUUUAUAAAUAAUGUGCUGUGCUUAUCGUGUAGGUAAUACUUAUGAGUUAAAUAUUAAACCCAGUAACACAAAAUUGUAAAACAUGUAUGAACAAUUGCACAAAACAGAGAAUGAAUUUAAAAGAUUAAUUUGAUCAGAAUUAUAUAUAUUAAGCUAGCAACAUCGAUUUUUUUUCUGUGACUCUCACCAUUUUUAUUUAUUUGUAUAACAAUUAAAGGACUAAUUGCGAGGUGUCUUAACAUUAAUAUAUUAACACUAGAAGAUUCGGAAGAUAUGUAGUAUAGAGUUUAAUUGUAAUGUUUUCAUCAAUAAAAAUCACCAUCCUUCA